UGUGACUUAUUACCAAAUUUGAAUUCACCUAACAUUUUCUGGUUCCUAACCAUAAAAUUCCCCUUAACAUUAUUCUUUGUACACUAUUUCUACAUAUUGUUGUGACAUAGGUCUCCAUAAUUCAAGUCAAUCUCCUCCCCAAAAUGGACCACUUCCCUCUCUCUAUGUUACUUCUUGUACUUCUCUUUUACUGCACCAAAACCCUAGCUCAAACACCAGCUCAGGCCCCGGCGCCAGCCGGUCCAACCAACAUAACCAAAAUCCUUGAAAAGGCCGGCCAGUUCACUAUGUUCAUCCGGCUUCUUUCAAUUACUCAAGUAGGGGACCAGAUCAAUACACAACUCAACAAUUCAAAUCAGGGUUUAACAGUAUUUGUGCCGACCGAUAACGCCAUUUCUAGCCUCAAAUCUGGCAUUCUAAAUUCCCUAAGUGAUCAGCAGAAAGUUGCAUUGGUGCAAUUUCAUGUACUGCCCACUUUUCUCUCAAUGUCACAGUUCCAAACUGCAAGUAAUCCAUUAAGGACUCAAGCCGGAAACGACGACAAUGGGCAGUUUCCUCUAAACGUGACCACCUCCGGCAACCAAGUGAAUGUGUCGACCGGUGUGGAUGAUGCCACGGUGGCUAACACAAUUUACACGGACAAUCAGCUAGCAGUAUAUCAAGUGGACAAGGUUCUUCUGCCUUUGAGCAUUUUUGGUUCACCAGCACCAGUCCCGGCUCCAUCGGCAGUGGCCAAGAAGAAGUCACCGGCUGCUGAUGCCCCCGUAUCUGGCAGUGAUGAUGCUCCGGCCGAUGCCUCGGGGACAAUUGGCCUUGCCAUGCAUGGGAUGCUGAUGGUGGUGCCCCUUGUAGCUGGUGUCAUAGCAACACGUUGGUGGCGAUAAUAUAGAUGGAUAUGUUCGCAAUACGGAUUCAUUUGUUCGGAGAGAAACUAUUAUUUUGUUUUGAAUUUGAUACGGAGAUAUACGUAUAGAGAUAGUGUCUCAUAUAUCCUCAUUUCGUUCGCCUUUCUUUAUUCAACUGCUUUGUCCUUAGGUCUCUAUUUUCUCCCAUUUGAGUAUCUUGAGAAUUUGUAAUCUUUCUCUAUUUGAGUAUCUUGAGAUUUUGUAAUCUAAGAGCUAUAUCAAUUUGUGUGGUAUGUAAAACUCUUUAUUAAACUGACCUUCACCGAAAUAAAUAAAUUAAGCCCA